AUGGAGGAAGUUUUACCGCUCGGAUUUAGGAUCCCCAAUCUGCCCCAAUUCGAUGGAACAGGAGAUCCCCAGAAUCACCUUAACAAUUUCUUCGCUAAGAUCGACCUUUACGGCCUCAGCGACGCCGCCUACUGCAAAAUUUUCCAAACUACCUUAACUGAUCAAGCACAAACUUGGUUCAACGGUCUACCUGGAGGAUCCUUGGAUGGUCUAAGCCAACUAUCAGAACGCUUCCUUAGCCAGUAUUCCAUCAACAAGAGAUACGCCAAAACCGGAUCAUACCUCUUCAAAGUCAAACAUCGCGAAGGAGAACCGUUAAGGGAUUAUGUACAACGGUUCGUCAAAGCUGUACACGAGGUGCCCAAUGUUAACCACGACCUGCUAUCCGACAUACUGCAACAUAACUUGAAGCAUGUUCGUUUCCAAGAAUCCAUCGCAGGCCGACCCCCGCAAACUCUGGAUGAACUUCUGAACCGCGCGGAGAAAUUUAUCCGGAUAGAGGAGGCUGUAGAGAUGAGGCUCCCCGUGAAGAGGAGGCGCGAAGAAGAACGCCAUGAUACAAAAAGGAGAGAAGAAGGACGCUCGAACCCCGCCCCUACCUAUCCAAAGUUCACCCCCUUAAAAGCAAAACUCAUGGAUGUGUGGAUGGUAGCGGAGCAGAAAGGUUUAGUCCAACCCCCGAGACAGAUGAAAGAAAAUACGAAAAGGCAAAAAUCGGAAAAAUACUGCGAGUACCAUCGAGAUCAGGGCCAUACUACUGACGAAUGCUUUCAACUUAAGCAGGAAAUCGAGAGAUUGAUUAAGAAAGGACACCUGGGAGAAUUCGUGGAUACCCCGCGACACCAGAAAUUUAAAAAUAAACCCCACUUCCAGCAGAAAGGAGAACAUCCCAACGAUCGGAAAGAUCGAGAGGAUGACAAUCUUCCGACUCAAGGAAUAAUUGCAGUCAUUUCCGGAGGACCCUCGAGUGGUGAUACCCCCAGCGCACGACGCGCGUCAAUGCGGGCUGCAGGAGGCUCGUACUCUACGACAGAACGUUCGGCAGAACAUGUUUACCAUGUUCAUCACCCAAGCCCAGAGAUUACAUUUAGCGACGACGAUCUCGAAGGACCACGUGGUGAACACAACGAUGCGUUGGUCAUUUCAGCAUCAAUUUCCAAUUACUUGGUGAAGAAGAUUUUGGUAGACGGCGGUAGCUCGGCUGAUAUUAUAUAUUACGGCGCUUUUGAAAAGCUAGGGAUAGCCAAUGCGAAACUCGCGCCCGUGAAAACACCCCUAGUGGGUUUUGCAGGACACGCCGUCGAAGCUUUGGGAGAAAUCUCCCUAGUCUUGUCUUUGGGUUCAUUUCCACGUCGGGCAACAAACACGGUUAACUUCUUGGUCGUCAAGGCACCAUCAACGUAUAACGUAAUUUUGGGACGGCCAAGUAUGAACCUCUUCAGAGCAAUCCCAUCAACAUAUCAUAUGAAGUUGAAAUUUCCUACGACUAACGGAAUUGGAGAAGCCGUAGGCGAUCAACGCGUAGCUCGAGAGUGUUAUGCGAAUACUUUGAGGGCACCUCAACUCCGGAACAAAAAGCAAGUGGGAGAGGGGGAUGACCCUCCCAAUUUCCUAAAGAGAAAAUUGGUGAUGGUUGUUAAAGACAACCUCAUCACCCCCUCGACCAAUCAAGAAGCCAGCGGCACGAGGCUCACGGCAGUAGAAGAACUGAAAAGGGUAGAGUUAAUUCCGGGCGAUCAAGAUAAACUACUCUGA